AUGGCUCUCUCUCGUGUACUUGCUAUACUCAUUCUUCAGUACUCAUUGGUAGAACUGGCUUCUUCAACUGGACCACCAAGUGGCUGGAAAACAUUGCAAGGAUCUCCACCGCUGGUCAUAGCACGUGGCGGGUUUUCAGGGAUAUUUCCUGAUUCAAGUUCAGUUGCCUAUAGUUUGGCACUAAACACCAGCGGCCCAAAUGUGAUUCUAUGGUGUGAUGUGCAAUUAACAAAGGAUGGCACUGGGAUUUGUUUCCCAGAGCUCAAGCUGGACAAUGCCACUGAUAUUCCAAUUGUUUACCAAGGCAAGGCAAAGCAUCACUCAGUUAAUGGGGUCUCAACCCGGGGAUGGUUUUCUGUUGACUACAACUUUGAUGAACUAGUAAAUGUCUCUCUUGUUCAGGGAGUGUACUCUCGGACUAAUAUGUUCGAUGGCAACAGGCUUCCCAUUCUCCCUGUUGAAGAAGUAGCUAACUUAAUAAAAUCACCAUCUACAGGCCUGUGGUUAAAUAUUCAGCAUGAUUCUUUCUUCAAGCAACAGAAUUUGAGUGUAGAAAAAUUUCUACUAUCUCUCGCUGCCAGAAGAGUACCUGUCAGUUACAUUUCAUCACCUGAAGUAAAUUUCUUAAAAAGAGUUAAAUCAAUCUUUAGUCCUCAAACAACCAGCUUGAUCUUCAGUGUUCUAGAGCAGUCUAAGAUUGAACCUACAACCAAGCAGAGUUAUGGUGAACUCUUGAAAAAUCUUGCAUUAAUCAAGACAUUUGCUUCAGGAAUUCUUGUUCCCAAGGGCUAUAUAUGGCCUGUAGACUCAAGCCUUUCUCUACAACCUCAUACCUCUCUUGUCUCAGAUGCUCACAAAGAAAAGCUGCGAGUUUUUGUAUCGGACCUUAUCAACGAUGUUCCAUUUAGCUACAAUUUCAGUUAUGAUCCGCUGGCUGAGUGUCUAUCUUUCAUUGAUGAUGGUGAUUUCUCUGUUGAUGGUGUGUUGUCUGACUUCCCAGUUACUCCAUCUGCAGCCAUAACACCCCAUUCAGAUUCUAAAAUCUCAUCUCUUACUGCAGAUUGCUUUUCUGGCCUAGGGAAAAAUGCCACUAAACAAGAAGAGUAUACAAUGAAAGCAGGACAAGAAGCAAGAAAUUUUCCACAGAGGGAACACAAUAUUUUUGUUGUCUUUAUUGAUCAGUUUCUUCUUUCAUAUUUUCAUGAUAAAGUGGACACUUUGGUCAUCACAAAAUAUGGAGCAAGUGGAGAUAAUCCUGCUUGUACUGACAUUGCAUACAAGAAAGCUAAAUCAGACGGGGCAGAUGUACUUGACUGUCCUGUUCAAAUGUCCAAGGAUGGAAUACCCUUUUGCUUAAGCUCUAUAGAUCUUUCAGAGAGCACAACUGUUGCUCAUACAAACUUCAAAAACCGUGCUACAACUAUUCAGGAGAUCAAAAAUAGCAGUGGCAUAUAUACAUUUAGCUUGACAUGGGAUGAGAUAAAAACAUUGACUCCCUCAAUAUUGAACCCUUAUGAGAAAUACAGAUUGUUCCGGAAUCCAAAAUCCAAAAAUCAAGGAAAACUGAUAACCUUCUCUGAGUUUUUGCUCUUGUCUGAAGGCUCUCGCAUCUUGAUCAGCAUAGAGAAUGCUGCCUAUCUCGCAGAGAAGCAGAAUUUAAGUGUGAUCAAUGCGGUCCUUGAUGCAUUAAAGAAAACAAGACCAAGAUCAGGCAAAGUUAUGAUUCAGUCAACUCAUAGCUCUGUUCUUAAAAUAUUCUCAGAUAAAUCCAAAUUUGAAAGGGUUUACAGGGUUGAUGAGAACAUUAGCGAUGCUGCUUACUCGGCCAUUAAGGACAUAAAAACAUUUGCUGAUUCUGUGGUGAUAGGAAAGAAGUCUGUUUUUCCUGAAACUAUGGCCUUUUUGGUUAACUCUACAAACAUUGUGGCAAAGCUAAAAUCAUUUAAGCUCCUAGUUUAUGUAGAAUCUUUCAGCAAUGAAUUUGUAUCUCAAGCAUGGGACUACUACUCCGACGCAUCUAUCGAGAUACAUUCAUUUGUCAUUGGAACCAAGGUCAAUGGCAUUAUUACUGACUUCCCCAAGACAGCUAAUAGAUACAGGAGGAACUUGUGUUUAAAGCAUGGCCACAAAGCACCUUAUAUGAGCCCUAUUGAACCUGGCAAACUUUUUCAACAAAUUUCCACGUUGUUCCUUCCACCACUUCCCCCUCCACUCCCAGUCUUGACUGACAGUAAUGUGACAGAGGCACCUUUGCCUGGUGUUUCUGCAAGAUUUCCUUCUGCCAAGGCUGCUCCAAGAGUAGGUGCCAUAGCUCCAGCCCCCAUCAAAAUGUAA